AUGGAUAAAUCGUUCUUAGACGUGGGUGGUGCGUAUGUAAACGAAUCACCAAUUCGGCAAAUGCUUGUACAUUCUUUCCUGCCAUUUUCCACAAGUGCGCUGGAUAAUGGGGACGAAAUCCGUACCGCAAUUCAAAAUCGGGACGCACAUACGCUGCCGAGCGAAAGUUAUAUCUAUAUCGAGGGUAAAAUAACGCAGCCCGAAGGAAUGAAGACAGUAAUAAGCUUAGCCCAUAACGGGUCAACGAAUUUAUUCAACGAGAUGAAAUACGAGAUAAACUCUAUCGAAGUACAAUGGGUUAAAAAACCUGGUAUAACCAGUGCGAUGAAGAGCUAUUGUUCGUAUUCGCCUGCCGACGCGAAUAUCAUGCAAAACGCUGCUUGGGAUAUCACUGGCAAUAAUGCUAAUUUCGUUAAAGACGGUUCGUUCAGCGGAUGUAUACCGUUAAAGCAUGUUUUCGGUUUUUGCGAGGACUUCAAGCGAAUACUGGUGAAUUGUAGCCAACAGCUGAUUUUGAAUAGAUCGAUGUCAGAUUUGAGUUCAUUACAUUUCGCUACCGUUGCGGGGGAGGAAAUUUCUAGCACGAAUUUAAGACUCUGGUGA